GAAGAAACGUCUAAAAAAAUGAGAAGCCUGAUGUUUCUGCUGGUCCUGGUGCUCUUCUGCUCUUUGCAGGACACUUCAAGCGCUAUGGAAGCAACUAUUUCAGCAAAUUCAGUCUGCUGUGAAGGGUUCACUCAUAAAAAGAUCCCUCUGAGCAAGAUAGUGUCUCACCACUUGACCACCAGUAACUGUGCCAAAAAAUUCAUUGUGUUUACAACAAAAGCAGGAAAAAAGAUCUGUGUAGAUCCAGAGAACACCUUUGUGAAAAGACAAGUCGCUGAGCUAGACAGCAGAACACGAGUCUAAAAGCCUUUAUUUGAACUGUACUUCAUCAUAUGUU